AUGCUGGAUUUUAGAAGCACAAGCAGUAUUGAAAAUCUUGGCAAUACUGAAAUUUCAGAAACUGGCAAGUAUUUCAAGACUGAAAGCAUUUCAAAGCAACAGAGAUUCCUAUACAAAACAGUGCACCAAAAUGCCCAGCUGGCCUGUGACUUUCCAGCUCACAGAGAAACCAUUACAAAGUUAAAUGCCUACCUGCUGAAAGGAGUAGAAAAAGAGCAACUUUUUGAAGCAAAUUGGAACAAUUCCACAACUUUAAUCAAGAUAAAGACUUCUGGAUUAAGCCUGGACAUAAAUAUUACAAAAGAAGAAAAACAUGCUAUGUUUCACCUGAGGGACUUGCAGGUCAGCCACACAGACAGUUACAUGUGCAAGAUUGAGGUGAUUGACCCACCACCAUAUGAAACCGAAAGCAGGAGCAAUUUAAUUUACGUGCAAGAACUUCCUCAGUGCCAAGAAAAGCUUGAUUACGUGAACAUGCCAAUGGCUAUUCCACUUGGAUUUUUCGUUUUCUACAGUAUGAUAAUCACAGCAGCCAUUUACUACUGUUGGCUGAAAAGCAAGAAGAACAGGGUCCUUCAGAACGACUAUUUCAACAUGACGCCCUGGCAAUCAAAUGGACCGAGGAAAAGGCCCCCUCAGCAUGGCAUUCCAACACGGAAUUACACUGCAUACCGUUAUUGGGAACCCUGA